UUACAAAUUGACUAUCGUUCCUAAACUUGCCUUAUCUAUAGGUUAUAUCAUGUCAGAACUGGCUUAUACGUAUGUAAUUUUAAAUUAUUUCAAAUCAAGGUAAGAAUGCACCUACUCAGAUAAAAUAGGAAGUAACCUUAAAAUUUAGGUUACAACGGACAUAAAACAUAACUGACAGUUAACCUAAAACUUUGGUUUGACAUUUUGCCGAAAAUGUAAAUAUUGCCUUGCAUCAAACUUCACGACGUAGAAGCUGACAUCUGUCAUUUGAUUUUGUCGACGAGACCGCACGCCAAAAUUCCUCAAAAUUAUCAGUAAAGGCGAAAAAUGCUAUCGGUAUCAUGAGCUGCAACUGUCCGACUUGCUGUCUGAAACAGAUGGGCUGCUGUCCGGCCCCGGACCCGUGCGGCGGGUGCAACAACUGCUGCGGCGGCGACGCCGAAUGCUCGGAUUGCGAUUACGUGAAGGCCCGACUGACGAUCGCCUGGCUGGCGGAGACGCCCGACUGCCAGUGCCCGCGCACCUGCGGCUACCAGCUGGAGUUUUGCGAGAAGCCUUGCUGCGUCAAGAAGAUCAUCAAGCAGCUGACCGACUGGUUGAACUGCCCGCCGGUGGACGAGGAGGACGAGUGCGGACCUUGCUCGCCUUGCGGACCGUGUCCGCCGUCGCCGUGCGGACCGUGUCCGCCGUCGCCUUGCGGCCCUUGUCCGCCGUCGCCAUGCGGACCGUGUCCGCCAUCACCUUGCAGGCCUUGUCCGUCGCCAUGUUCACCGUCCCCUUGCAAGCCGCGCCCCUGCUCCCCUUGCAAGCCCCGACAGUGCUCCCCUUGCUCCCCCUGUAAACCGCGGCCGUGCUCCCCUUGCUCCCCCUGUAAACCGCGGCCGUGCUCCCCUUGCUCCCCUUGCCCUCCGAAACCUUGCCCGAAACCGUGUUGCUACAAGCCGUCCUGUUCCCCCUGUCCGCCCUCCCCCAACUGCCGUCACUGUCCCACGUGCUCGUGCUGUCCCAAACCCUGCGGUCCCCCUUCUUGCGGCAAAAAACCGUGUUGUAGGGGCACCCGGCCCAAAGUAAAAAAAACGCCGACCAACAGUUUGCUGUUUUGCACAAACAACGAUUCCUGCUCCCCCUGUUCGCCGUGUCCAAAACCAAAAUGCAAGCCAAAACGAUGUUAAGUUGUCCCAUAAAGAAACGUGCCCGUCCCAAUUGCAACUCAAGUUGUAAAGUGAUAUUUUUUAAUAAAAAUAAGAAUCAACAAAAAUCAACCAAAUAUUAUUAGGUUACUCGUUUAUUUAAUUGUCAAUUUUAACCUUAAAAAAUUACACUUUCGGUUAAUAAAGCCACGUCACAAUCCACACAACCAUAGCCCACUAAUUAACCUUAAAAUUGACAUUUGACAGCCCUGAUAGAAUAAGGUAUAUUUUUUACAAAAGAGGAGUAAAAUGGUUGCCCUUGGCACUUUAAGACCUCUUUUAAGGAUUACAAGUGCCUCUCUAAUAAACACAACGUUAAAAACGAUUAUUUAUCUGUAUAAACCGCACAAACCCGAAGCACAAGAAUUGCAAACAACAUAAAAAUGGCCGCCGUUAGAGUCUG